AUGAGAACUAAUUCACCUUCGACCUGGCGGUGGGCUCCCGCUGAUAACAACGGAUCUCAUACCACCUGGAAGUCUCUGGCGGAUUCGGAGUGCAGGCUGCUCGACCAUGCGUACCAGGAGUCGUGGGAUCGCCUCGAACUUGACAUAGACGGGAGACCUCAUGUCAUCGAUCCAUUUUCUUCAAAUGCUCACAUUCAUGUCGCAGUGCCUCUGGGGAACGAAGGGGGACCUGGGGCCCUUCUCGCCAGAGCCAUGAGCGUUUCCAUUGAGGGGCAGCGUUGCACACUUCCUGCGCACGGGUUGAGAAGCGACAGACCUUCUCGCUGGUUUCCAGUUUCGUUACGGGAGGACGCUGAAAGUGAACAAAAGAUACUUCGGCAACCUAGUCUGCAACAAAACUACAUUGGUAGCCCUUGCGAGUCCUCAGCCGACGCUGCUGGAGUUCGGCAUACAUCAAGGCGCACCAUCUCCGUUGUAGGAUGCCCUUCUAGACCUUUUCGCUCUCAAGAGUCACCGGCUGCUGACUUUGAAGUGCAUGAAGAUUCUAUGUGCACCAUUCCGAUGCUGGCUUGGAGAGGCCCUUGCGUGUGCGGUGUCAACGCCAUAACGGCGUCGCGCUGUUUCUUGCGCCAGACGACAUUGCCGACUAGGAGGUCUGCUAAUUCGAGCCAUAUUGCGAAGUGGCGCGCAUUUCCGAAGGUCGACUUGGAGGUAGGCAGUCCAAGUAAAGCAACUGUAUGGCAAUUUUCCAGCCUAGCGGCAUCACCAAAAUGCCGUGGAAUGUGGGCACACGCUAACAUUGCCGAAAGUACUAUGCAAAUAUCUAUUUUAAUCAUACGCGUGACCUCUGUGGGUCGUGUUGUUCUUUUGCGAGUGGGCCGCCUGGAGCCAAGCAGAGUGCUGCCUCGUUCACGUGGGCUAAAAGGCGCUUGCGCAGUGGUGAUUCAGGCCUGUGACAACUACCACGUAGUUCGUCAGGUGCUCGUCGACGGAGUUGACGUAGCAUUACACCAUGGUGGGAGGCGAAGGUUGUCGCCUGCUGGAAUUGCCAUUGCAGUGGCGCACUUUGCGGAGCUUUCUUUUCCUGUUAGGGUGGUGGUCCCGCAGUGGGUCGCGCUCAUGCACGAGCAGCAUUGUAACCUAUUCACUGAAUCGCCAGAAGCAUUGUUGAAGGUGGGACAUUGGCCCAGCCGAGCACGUCGAACCACAAGCAUGACAUUGCCGAUUAUAGGCGGACAGUGGGAGCAAAAACUGUUUGCUUAA